AUGGUGGUAGAGGAUGAAGGUUGCGGUAUGAAGAAAGUUGAAAAGAGAGAAGUGAGAAAAUUCUCAGAUGCUUUUGGUGGUGAUGGAGAGAGAGAUAUUUUUUUCUGUUUUUUUCUGCAGAAUUUGGAGGAUGAAGUGAAGAAUGUUGAGGAUGAUUCUAGAGUUGGCUGGGAUUUGGUUAUGGGAAGAAGCCUGAGCACAUUCAGCAACAUGAGCAAUAUGUCUAACAUUAGAAGGCCGCCCAAUUUCCAUCGAAGAAGCAAUAUCAGAACCAGUGGUGCUACAACCAAUCAAAUAUUUUCUAAAAUUAGCAAUGAGAUGAGUCAAAAUAGAAAGCUGGUCUCUCUCUCUUUCCUGAUUUUCUCUAAACAGGAAGAUGUGAGGGUUUUAAGCAGGGACUGGAUUUUUGAAUUGGAACUGAACUAUUGUUUUUUUUGUGAACCAAACUGGCUAUAG